AUGAGAACUGGAGUGCGUGCAGUUCACCAGGCCCUCACUGCUGAGGUCGCCUCAGUUCUCAAGCUCUCCCUCGACCUGGCGACGAGGAGAGGCCAUGCUCAGGUCACACCCCUCCAUGUUGCUGCCACCCUCAUCAGCUCCUCCUCUGCCUCCUCCGACCUACUCAGGAGAGCUUGCCUCAAGUCCCAGCCGCACCGCCCCUCUGCCUUCCACCACCCUCUCCACUGCAGAGCUCUUGAGCUCUGUUUCAAUGUGGCUCUCCACAGGCUUCCCGCCGCCACCUCUCCCUUCUCCGGCGCUCUCCUACCUUCCCCUCCCUCCCUCUCCAACUCUCUCAUCGCAGCCAUCAAGAGGGCCCAGGCCAACCAGCGAAAGGGCAGCAUUGAGCUCGACCAACAGCAGCCUCUGUUGGCCAUCGAGGUGGGAAUGGAACAACUCAUGCUCUCCAUUCUCGACGACCCCAGUGUGAGUAGGGUGAUGAAGGAGGCCGGCUUCUCUAGUAGAUGCGUCAAGAGCCAUCUCGAGGAAGACGCCUAUGCUUUGAGCCAAUCCUCGCCGUCGCUGAGUGAGGACCUGAGGAUGGUUAUAGAAGCGAUGCUCAGGAAGCAGGGGAGCACCAACACCGUUGUGGUGGGGGGCUCUGGCUCUUCGUCGGAAGGCCUUGUGGCCGAGCUGUUGAGGAGGUUGGGCAGGAGUGAGAUCCCCGACGAGCUCAGACACGCCAGUUUCUUAAAUCUACAACUCUCCUCUUCCCACCUCCGGCUCAUGCGUAAGGCCGAUGUGGAAUCGAAUGUAUCUGAUCUCCGAAGAACCAUCAAUUCUCUAACAUCUGGUAGAAAUGGCAUCAUCAUCUACGCAGGCGACUUGAGUUGGGCAGUGGAUGAUGAAGCAACGGAGCACGUAGUUGCUGCCAUGGGCAGACUGCUCUCUGAGUUCAAUAGCAGCGCGAAGAACAGGGUCUGGCUGUUGGCCACCGCAAGCUACGGCACCUACCGGAAAUGCCAAACAAGGAAGCCUUCUCUCGAAAUUCUAUGGUCCCUCCAAGCUGUGGUGGUUCCCUCAGGUUGGCUUGGCUUGGGCCUCCAAGCCUCCAGUAGCCUCGAUUCGAGGGUGUCAAAUAUCAGCCAACUCCCCGUUGAACUACUCGAUCUGCAGCGCCAACUGCAAGAGGAAAUCCCUUGGCAAUCGAACAGAAUUCCUGCAAUCAUGAAAGCAUUGCAUGACUGUUCUACAGGCGAUAAGGUCAUGGCACUGCUGAUUAAAGGGAGCGAUUACAUCGCCAAGAGAAGAGUAGCAUUGGUCAUGGCCAGGUCCAUUUUUGGCUCGACGGAUAAGCUAAUACGGAUUAAGCGAGAUGAUUCGUGCUGCAAGAUCGUCAUGGGUGCCAUAAGAAGGGCGGCGCAGAAAUGCAUAGUCUUGGUGGAGGAUAUCGAUCGAAUGAGCGAUCAUUUCGUUAAACCAUUCACAGAUGCCUUAAAAGUUGGAUCUUUUAAGGACGGUUUAGGAGAAGAAGUUCGCUUAGCUGAUGCGAUCUUCAUACUGACAACUUCUCAGGUGACCAGAUUAAAGAGUGCUAAUGACGUCAGUAGGGAUGAAGAUGCAUCAUCAUCCAGUGAUCUCGAGAGGAGUUCGAAGAGGCUGCGGACAGAAGAUCACGGCCGUUUCGAUCUUAACUUCGAACCGUAUGUUAACGUAGAGGAGGAGACUGAAUGCAUCAGCUUCCAUCUCCCACAGGAGCUUCUGCAAACCAGUGUUCAGCUCAGUUUAAAUGCCGGGGUGGGUCAGUACCAGGAACUUAAGGUCAGUCUUCUCACAAAGCUCCAUCGAGCGUUCGAGGAUAUGCAGAAUGGAAAGGUCAGAAAGGGGAAUCUGGUUGUCGAUCCAGGAGUGGCAGAGGAGCUAAUGCAGGAGUCUGGUUUCUUCCUCGAGAGCUUCUUCGAGAAGUGGGCGAGAGAGGUGAUCCGUGCGAAUCUACAAACUGCUCGAGAAGGCGGCGGGAACGUGAGGUUGAGUUUGCAAGGUAGAGAGAGACUCCGAAAUGCAUGGUUUCUUGGCUUCCCUGCUGCCAAAUAG